AUGGCUGGAAUCUCGGGUAACGGAAAGCUUCGCCAGUGGCUGAUUGAGCAGGUGGACGGGGGGAAAUACCCCGGCUUGGUAUGGGAGGACCGCGAGAAGAGCACGUUCCGUAUUCCGUGGAAACACGCCGGCAAGCAGGAUUAUAACCGCGAGGAAGACGCAGCGCUCUUCAAGGCUUGGGCGCUGUUUAAGGGCAAAUAUCGCGAAGGCAUCGAUAAACCGGAUCCGCCGACCUGGAAAACGCGCCUCCGCUGCGCCCUCAACAAGAGCAACGACUUCGAGGAGCUGGUGGAGAAGAGUCAGCUGGACACCUCCGAGCCGUAUAAAGUUUACAGGGUCAUUCCGGAGGGCAGCAAGAGAGUCUCCUGUGAGAGAACUUCCACAAUGACGAGCCCUCACAGCUAUCCACUGUACUCGACAUACACACCUCUGCAGAGUCAAGUUUCUAACUUCCUGUCUCCAGGUGAGAAAGGAUGGAGAGAUUUGCCAGAUCAAGUUCCAUUUCCAGAUUUCUACUAUCCCUACAGUCCAAACUCAUACACCGUGUCUCGGGACCCAGUCGGUUACCAGAUCAGCAACUCGUUCUACAGCUGCAGUGGUUUUGACCCUUCAACAUCCACCUUUAACUUGGAGCAGAGCAUGAGAUCUGCUGCUUUCUCUGAUCCCAGACUGCAGGUGUCUGUAUUCAGUGGAGAUUCUCUGAUCAGGGAGAUGACCGUGCACAGCACAGAGGGCUGCAGGUUGGCUCCUUAUGAAGAAAACCAGAAUUACGGAGGCCCUGAACUUGUGCAACUACCUCAGGGUGAGGGCACAGAGCUGGAGCGUGGCGUAUUGGUCUGGAUGGCUCCUGAUGGCCUGUGCGCCCAUCAGCUCUGCAAUGCCAGGGUCUACUGGGAGCUGGUGCCCAACAUCAAUGCUGAUAAACCUAAUAAACUGGAGAGGAACCAGACCAGCAAACUUCUGGACAUUCAGCAGUUCAUCACAGAGUUACAAGGCUACUAUCUACAGGCACGACCUCCUCCUUGUUUCCAGGUGCUGUUGUAUUUUGAGCAGUGCCAUGACAUCCACACUCACAGGAGACCCAUAACAGUGCAGGUGGAGCCACUAUUUGCUCGCCAGUUGUUCAUCCUGAGUCAGCAGAGCAGCACCCACCACAUGAGGGCUCCUGAUAACGCACCACUGCUGUGGGAGCAGAUGCCCCCUUCUCAGCAGAACUACUACACAGGGAGCUCCCAACAGCAUGACACCCUGCAAGACUAAAUCCCAUAUGACACACAAGUGCGGAGGUGAAAUACAGCAUUUUGCUUGUUUCAUUGCAUUAGGAAAAAAAAAAAGAAGAUAAUUAUGUACUAAAAGGCAGAAGACCACAAGAGACUGGGAAAUCUACUGGUUUUCUUUUAAGGAUCCUCUUUUUAAAAAAAUUACUUUAGUAUUUCUGUAGUAGCAUUAUCGUAGUUCUGAAGCAUCUCAGGGAUAACGCAUGCUUAGACUUGCUCAUUAUGUAAUUUUUAUUUGCUGCACUGAUGAAUAAACCUCAUACGUCAAAUCUGAAGAAAUGAAAUAAAUAUUGUCAAACAGAUUUAUUUUGUUCUUAAUAAUAAUAAUAAUAAUAAUAAUAAUAAUAAUAAUAAUAAUAUAACUGCUGUUUUAUGUCUUGAGAAAAUCUGUUUUUUCUCUCAACAUUAAAGUCAGUUUAGCUAAUGAACCAACAACAAACAAACAAAAAAACUUUCUCUAUUUAACUAUUUCUGUCAGUUGUGGCUCAUUUAAAAAUAAAUUCAGACACCUUCAAAUAAAAUGAGUCUUGUGUUAUACAUUUAUUAUUUUAUUGAAUUCAAUUCAGCAUAACAACAAUAAAUAGAACAUUCAUUGGUGAUAACAUAUAACUAGUUACGCUACAGCUCUAUGAACCCCUGAUAACAGC